AUGAGUAAUGAAAGUAUCUACAAUCUUUUAACUGCAGAGGUUCACGUUGAAGAAGGACCGUAUACGGGAAAAUAUGAAAAGCAUAUGAAAGAUUUACCAAAGCCUGCGUAUUCCACGUUCUAUCAAAAGAAUAAAGAAUAUGAUGGGACGUUUCCUAGAUACUUUAAGCAACGGGAUGCAGUUAUUGGACCAAUAGUUAAUGAGUCUGUGGACCCCAAAAACUUUCUUCGGGCUGGUGAAGGUGUAAAGCAUUGUGUCCCGGCUGUACGUGAAGAAAAGAUUUUUACAAAACCACCUCUCGAUCCCAGAGCUCGUAACAUUCGUGGUGGUGAAGGUAAAACAGGUUUGUAUCCUUCUCAAGGUGGAUUAUCUGGACACCGUGGAAAUGGAAAUAAAUUUGAUCCAAAUGGUAAGCCAACAGGUGAUGAAAUAAGCGAAGGAAUGUUAGAUGAACUUGAUAAUAAACUUGCUGAGGGAGAAGAAGGUUAUUUGGGAAAAAACGGAGGUACAAAGAAUGAAUAUGGUGUGGGUCAACCAGGUACUUCAAGAGAUCUUGAAAAUGGUCAAAUGGGAAUAAAUGGGAAUGGUGAAAAAGUUACACUACAAAAUGGUGGUACAACUGAAGGAAUGUAUGGACCAGGUCCCCUUGAAGGUAAGAAAGAUUUUAUUACCUCAAACAUUAUACAGGUAAGUAAUAUGGUACCCAAAAGAAGGAAGGAUCAACCUGAGAAUCUUACGUCGCGAAAAACUUUUGCUCAGGUGCCAUCUUACCUAAGUCGUGUAAAAAAAGAAAUUGAACAGGAAAAAUUAUAUUUCAAGAAUAUGGAUGAAGCACGUGUUCAACAAAAAGUCAAGAUGUGGGAAAGGAAUGUGUACCGUCUGAAUGAGCGUGAACGACUGGACCUGAUUGAAAAACUUACCACCAAACUAAAACAGAAAAGUGGGGAAAUGAAUAAGAUGCCAUUUGUCAAAGAUACAUUUGCCCAAGUAAAACGAAGAUCUGAUCUAGAAAAAAGUAUGAAGGAAAUAGAAGCGGCACUUGCAAAGCUAGACAAGGAUGCUGUAUUUGUUUACAAUGAUGACCCAAGGUGUGUACACUGGACAAAGGAUGCUGCCCUUGAGGAGGCUACUCGAUUUGCUUCACAGUCGUCUUAA